AUGCUCCAGGAGGAGAGCGGCCUCUACCCGUUCGUCAACGAGCUGCGGAACGCGCAGGGCGACCGCGCCGUCCUUUUCGGAGACCUUGGUCUCGCUCUCGACCUCGGCAAGCUCGCGCUCGCGCCGCUCCAUACACCUUUGCCGGCGUGGGCAACUCCGGACAAUGACGCCGACCUGUCGGACGCUGCCGGCUCGUUCGUACAGCACUACGUCCGGCAGCUGACGUGGUCGACCUGUUCCUUGUUCGAGGCCGACAUGAAGCGCCUCCGUUGCCGCUACCCCGCUCCGAAGAUUACGGUCCUCAUCGAGGAGGCACAGAAGCACCCCGAGCUUCCCGUGUACUUGCGCUACUUUGGGACGACAGGGAUGAGCACACCCGGCGACCGCGCCCACGACGACGAGCACGGUGGGAAAGACACCUUCUGGACCAAUCUUCUCUGCGAGACGGGGAAGACUGCCGACGUGUUCGGCCUCAACGGUCGCGAUUAUCGCGGCCGCACAGACCUGCACGCGACCGAGCGUGCGCUCAUUUCCUCGGUUGCGCCUCUGUGCGGCAACUCGGCGCGCGGCGGCUAUCACCAAGAGCCGGACCUCGCUGUGAACGAUAAGAUUGUUCUUCCCCCGUUCGACGAUCCAACCGCACCUACGACGCUGCAGGCCCUCAGCCAUAUCAACAGCAGCGUCGAGGCUCACCUCCACGAUGCCAAGACCUACUGGGAGGACGCCCGUGGCGCCACGGCCAUGUCCGAAGCUGCGUUCCAGAGCACGCUCGAGGCGGCGCGUGUUCCGCACCUCGUCGGUGGAGGCGUCACCCACAUCCGAGUGGCUAAGGACGUGCCGAACGAGGAGCACCGGAACGAUGAUCGGCGGCUCGCGUACUUCGGGGCGCACGCCGGGCCUGGGCCUACUCUUAGCCGGACCGUGGUCCGCGCGCUGUUGGACGAAGGGCCGCAUGGUCAGGACCUGGACGCAGAACGCCAAGGCUUCGGUGCCUUCUUCAACUAUUAG